AUGGCUGCGAAAUCUGACGGUGCGGCCGUCUCUCCGCGAAGCCAAAUCCCGACAGAGCGUCCCUCCAGGCAGGAGCGGCUGCUUCCCCAGCUGCCCCCCGCCGAGCAACGCUACUCGCCGGCGGACUGCUGUUGGACCCUAGGCGCUCUUCUGGUCUUCUUCUCGGACGGGGCCUCAGACCUGUGGCUGGCCGCCGACUAUUACCUCCGGAGGGAGUACUGGUGCUUCGCUCUGACUCUGGUCUUUGUCAUAGUCCCUUCCGUGGUGGUGCAGGUGUUGAGCUUCCGAUGGUUUGCCUACGAUUUCUCCGAUAGCCCGGAGAGCGGCACGGCGGCGGCCGCGGUGGUGGCAGCGUCCUCCGGGGCGGAAGGGAGGGACUUGAACGCCAAGGACGGCGGCGAUGGCGAGCGGGGCGCUGGCCGCUCCGCCGCGGUCGGGAUGCUGCCCGGUUCCCCCGCCAGGGUGGGAGCCCGGGGAUGCUGCAGAGUUUUCGUCUGGCUCUUCCAGGCCGUCGUUCACAUCCUCCAGCUGGCACAAGUGUGGAGGUAUGUGCGUGCCCUGUAUUUGGGAGUGCAGAGCCGCUGGCACAGGGAGCCGGAGCGGCGGCACUACUACUGGCGCAUGAUGUUCGAGACUGCUGACAUCAGCAUUCUACGCCUGCUAGAGUCCUUUCUGAAGAGCGCCCCCCAGCUUGUGCUGCAGCUCUCCAUCAUGAUUGUCUCCGGUCAGGUGCUGCCUCUUCAGGGCCUUUCGGCGUCCGCCUCGCUGAUGUCCCUUGCCUGGAUGGUGGCUUCCUAUCAGAAAGUCUUGAGAGACUCCAGAGAUGACAAGCUCCCCAUGAGCUACAAGGCGGUCACUGUUCAGAUCCUGUGGCAUCUCUUCACCAUCGGUGCCCGGGCCCUCGCCUUUGCACUCUUCGCCUCUGUGUUCCAGCUGUACUUCGGGAUCUUCGUUGUUGCCCACUGGUGCAUCAUGACCUUUUGGAUCAUUCAAGGCGAGACAGACUUCUGCAUGUCCAAGUGGGAGGAGAUCAUCUACAACAUGAUGGUGGGCAUUGUGUACGUUUUCUGCUGGUUCAGCGUCAGAGAGGGUCGUACUCGCUGCAGGUUGCUUACUUACAGCCUGACGGUGUUCAUUGAGAACGUGGCCCUUACAGCCACCUGGUACGUGUACCGCGGCCCCCGCACCUCAGACUUUUGUGCUGUGGUCAUGGUGUGCGUGGUGGCCAGCAGCUACGCUUUGGGCACCUUCUUUAUGUUUGUUUAUUACUGCCUACUGCACCCUGAUGGGCCUAUCUCGGGAUGGGACUACUUGGCGGAGAAGCAGGCGGCUGUAGAGGCACCGUUGUCCCCAACGUCUAGCCUCCCUCCUGAUGUGGUGAGCAGCCCCCCGAGGACCUUGCAGAGAACUAAAGACUCCGGGGUAGACGGAGACGUGUUCCAGGUGCGCCCUCCCCGGGGAUCUCGGGCGGCCGUCCCCCACCCAACACCCAGGACAGAAGGGCCAGUCAUCCGAAUAGACCUGCCCAGGAAGAGUUACCCUGCCUGGGACGCUCACUACAUCGAUCGGAGGUUACGUAAAACCAUCCUGGUGUUGGAAAGCGCUGCUCCGGUCGCGCCACGGAUUCAGUACCGCUGUUUGGGCACGCCCAAAGAAGUCAUGGAGUAUGAGACCACUGUGUGA